AGGAUUGCUGUGCCUGGCUCGGAAAGCCUUGGCCACCGACGACCGAAGCCGAUGGAAGGGGACUCGGAUACCCUCGCAAUCCGAGUCAGCGUCCAUCAUUCUCGAUCGAGAAGCAUGAUCAAUCUAUAAAUCAGGACUCAAAUCGCAUCACUCCGCUCCCAUCGACAGUCGACAUCACCAGUUCACCAACAAUCUCCAGUUCUCCACUCAGUCCUACCAGAGGCCAGCACCCAACCUCACUUACGCACAUCACUGCAAGAACCCGACACCCACACCCCUCAAGCCAUUGAAACAACGUGACAGAACACCAAAAUGACGAUCGCACACACAGGCAUCAAAACCCCAGCCGACAAGCACGCCGCCAUCGUGGAAUGGUACACAGCCGCGCUGGCACCACUGGGGUACAUCAAGGCAGUCGAUUUCCUCGACGGCCUGGUUGUCGGCUUCCUGGACACCGCCACCCAGAACGUCGACUGGUGGGUCACGUCGGCGGCGGCCAAUCCCCCGACCAACCCCGGUCAGGCUCAGGCUCCUGACUCGGAGGAUGUGGCCCCGCUGCCUACGCACACUGCGUUUGCUGCCAAGGACCGCGCGACCGUGGAUGCGUUCCACCAGGCGGCCGUUGCCGCCGGCGGUAAAGAUAAUGGCCCCCCUGGCGUGAGGGCGCAUUCCGGACCCAACUAUUACGCGGCCUACGUGCUGGAUCCGGCGGGCAACAACAUUGAGGCCGUCUACAACCCGCCAGCUUAGCCUGCAAGUAGUCUUUGGGGUUGAGGGCUCGUGUGUUCUAGGUUCCGGGCGGCUGGAAUGGCAAAUCUGUGCCUUGGCCGGGGAUUGACGCAACUGGAUCUGAGAGGGAGUAGACAUGGGGAUACAAACUUCUGAACAUGAUGAGUAUGCCCUUGAGUUCUGUAGAGAGAUUAGCAUAUGAAACGCAGAGACAAAAUAUACUUAGUGACU